AUGGCCAGCAACAAUCCGCCGUCGCCUGUCUCACCACUGAAACCGUCCGAUGGACCUCCCGAAUCUCCAACUACUGCUCGGCCCCUGGAUUUCGACAGCGACCAAGAGACCGGCACCAUCGAGACGACUGCAGCAUGCAAGACAGAUUUGUAUUCGCAGCCCAAACCUCCUCCCAAAGACGAAGCUGCUCCACCACCAAAACCCCCGCGACCAAUGUCUCCGCGAGAACAGGCAGAGCUCACUUUGAAAGAGGCUUUUCCUACGAUCGAGACCAGCGUUAUUCGAGCUGUUCUCACGGCAAGCCGAGGAGAGAUUGAGCCCGCAUUCAAUGCCCUCCUUGGGAUGACAGACCCUGAAUCACAGCGAGAACCAGAACCCUUACCCCCGGCCAAACCUCCUCGUCCCGCCCGGCAACAAUCUCCCACACCUGCGAAGCUUAGCCAACUAGAAGCAGAUGAGCUUUACGCUAGACAGCUGGCUCAGGAAUACAAUAACGGUGCCGGUUUCGACAGACAGCAACCAAGGCGUCGGGACUCUGGGGGAAGAUUCAAUGAAAACUUGCCAGGAUCAAGAGUAGGUCGACCAGGGGCAAGCCCGAACCCUGAUGAUGUCCCGUGGCGGAGCUUUAUUGAUGACGAUCUACCGGAGAUCCGUGACAAUAUCAGGAAGGGCUUCAUGGAAACGCAGAAGACCGUGAACAGCUGGAUCAGCGCAUUCAAGAAGAAGAUCGAUGGCGAAGAAGAUGAUGCAGAGUUUACACAAGGUCAACCACCUCUCCCUGCCCGGCCGUCUGCACAAUCGCCAUUCACGGGUCGCCGAAGUGCCGAAAUGCGUCGCAGUGCAGACCUCCAACGCUACGAUGCCGAUAUGCAACCUAUUGGUGAUGACUUUUCCAAGCUAGAGCUCCGUGACGGUGAAGCGCCGCCACGUACAUCGAGCCGGCCUCUGGCUAAUCCGAACCUUUUCCGUCCCGCGGGCGUCCAGGGACCAGAUCGUCGACCGUCGCCCGGCACGAAUCGGAAGGUGUCCUUCCAAGACGGCCCACCGGAAGAGAUCAGGGACAUGUAUAACGCGUCGCCGAAACCGGCGGCAGCGUCGACGACAAAAUCGAGCAAAUGGCAGCCCCUGCAAAGUAUCGACCCGAGCCCUGUUGCGGAAAACGACCCAUUUAGCUUGGGCGACAGCGACGAGGAGAAAGAUGCCAAGGUAAUUACAUUAAAGGACGACGAGACAGACGUCAAGAAGGACGACAAGAAAACCAGUGGCGAAGAGGCACAGAUUAAGGAUGCGACACCUGGAGCGACAAAGGAAACUCCUGGAGCAGAGUCGAAGUGA